UUUAGCGUCACCUCGAGGACGUACUCGUUCUCUGCAACUAAAGUUUUGGCGCCCUUUCUGAACGCCGCUACUCACAAGUAGACAUGCGCACUUCUCAUUCAUCACAUCGUUUCCGCUUCCUUUAUGUAUCCGAUUAUUUUUGAGAGUUGAAACCCAUUGUUGGUCCAUCAUGGGAGCUUACUUGUCGCAACCCAAUACAGUGAAGUCCUCUUCCAAUGGGGGAAACCAAAAUAUGAGCUAUGGCUUUGCGGCCAUGCAGGGCUGGCGUGUCUCAAUGGAGGAUGCUCACAACUGCAUUCCAGAACUGGAUGAUGAAACGGCUAUGUUUGCUGUGUAUGAUGGACAUGGAGGUGAGGAAGUAGCAUUAUACUGUUCCAAGUACCUUCCUGAAAUCAUUAAGGAACAGAAGACUUACAAAGAUGGCAAACUGCAAAAGGCUUUGGAGGAUGCAUUUCUGGCCAUUGAUAGCAGGGUGACCACAGAGGAAGUGAUCAAAGAGCUUGUUCAGAUAGCUGGCCGCCCACAAGAGGAAGCACCAAAUGAAAAAGUGGCUGAAGAAGAUGAUUUGGACAAUGAGGAGGCAGAACUUUUGCACGAAGAGGCCACCUUGACCAUUGAAGAGUUACUCGUCCGCUAUGGACAGAACCUCAAUGCGAUUAAACACAAGAAGCUCUGUCCGGAGGGCAAAAAAGAGUCUGGGGAAGGUGAACCACAUUCCCAUGGGGAGAAGGGCAUCAACGGAGAAGUGGAGAGUGAGGUGGACAGCAAUCGGAAGGCUGAUGGUGCUGGAAGUGCAGCUGGUGGUGCGGGAUUCUCCAAGCUGCGGGCCAGGAGAGCAGGAGGGGACAGCUCUUCAGUGACAGGAGCAGCAGGGUCCUCUGAAGGAGAAAAGGAAACCGGGCCCUCCUGCUCCUCCUCAGCAGCUCCGGCUCCAGGAGACACCAGCUCCAAGUUCUUUGAGGACAGUGACGAGUCGGGGGAAGAGGAAGACGAGGAGGGUAGCGAAGAGGAGGAUGCCAGUGAGGAAGAUGAAGGUGAAAACAGUGACGAGGAAGAAGACACUGAAGAGGGGGAGGACUCUGAUGAAGAGAAUGAGGAGAUGUGCUACCCUGGAAUGGAUGGAAAAGAAGAGCCUGGCGCAGACAGUGGCACUACAGCAGUGGUGGCUCUGAUCAGAGGGAAACAGCUGAUUGUGGCAAACGCCGGCGACUCCCGCUGUGUGGUGUCUGAGAAGGGCAAGGCCAUAGACAUGUCCUACGACCACAAGCCAGAGGAUGAGCUGGAGCUGGCCCGGAUAAAGAAUGCUGGUGGAAAGGUCACCAUGGACGGUCGCGUCAACGGAGGACUCAACCUCUCCAGGGCCAUCGGCGAUCACUUUUACAAACGAAACAAGGCCCUUGGCCCAGAGGAGCAGAUGAUCUCCUCAAUGCCGGAUGUCAAAGAGCUCACCCUCAACCCAGAGCAUGACUUCAUGAUCAUUGCAUGCGACGGAAUCUGGAACGUCAUGAGCAGUCAAGAGGUUGUAGACUUUGUCAGUCAGAGAAUAAAGCCUAAUGCCGAUGAUACUGCCAGGCCUUUGUCCUCCAUAGUUGAAGAACUACUUGACCAUUGCUUGGCACCUGAUACAUCUGGAGAUGGCACAGGCUGUGACAACAUGACCUGCAUCAUCAUCACAUUCAGCGCUCACCCUGGCAGCAGCAUGGCCGACGGCACCAAGAAGAGAAAGCCUGAAGAGAUUGUCCCAGAGAAGAACGGGAAUGACAGCAAAAAGUCAAAAAGCGAAUAGAACUGCCAACAAGUACUCCAGUCCUUUUCACAAGCCAGAACUUUCCCAUCUCUGAAAAGUUUAAAGACCAUGGUCUCUGGGAUAGGAUGAGUUUUAGUUUAAUGUUCCGGGACUGAAGAGAAAGUAUAAAAGUAAAAUGGCCUCUUUGUAAUUAUUGAUUUUGCUUAACUGUCCUACUGGAAACGUGUCCUGUGAAUCCUAGUGUACUGUUUUUGUCACCCAUGCCCUUUAUGUAUAUAAUUUUCAAUAUUUGUUGAUGGACGAAAUGCAUCUUUGUAAUUGUGGAUCAAUGUGACAUUUGGUGCAUACUCGUUUGACACCAUUCUGUAAUUACAUACAAAUACAUUUUUAUUUUUUGUGUGACAAGUGACAUCUUGUCUACUUACUUUAAAAGGACAAUCACUGUUUGCAUGAGUCAAAUGUCCCUAGGCAAAGAACACUGAAAAUCCUCUCAACAGUUCAAUAGAUUUGAAACUACUCAAUUCACAUUUUGUACUAUCUGUAUUUAAUUAAUACAUUUUACAUUCCUUGCACUCACAUUCACAGAACAAUUUGCCAACCACCUCUGAGUUGAGGCCACUAUGCUAUUUAAAUAUCUGCCUUUGUCUCAUGACUUGGUUUGCGCAUAAAGAUGGUGGGAACACUGCCUUACAUGUAGUUAAUUAUGUUCCAAAUUUAGCAAAUGCUUUUGAUGGAUUUAGUAUAACUAUUCAUGAGAAAAGCUUCUCAUGUAUCUUUGUAUGCUUGACUUCAAUGUCCAGUUAAAAGGUUAACCCAAAUAUUUUAGUACAUUUUAUUUUGGUACUUUUUGAGAACAUUUCACUUGAAAAAUCACGAAGUAUUUUUUCCCCCUAAAUCAAUAAAGUUGCCAAAAACCC